UUUCGACAUCAUUCAACUUCGAAACAAAACCUGAUGCGAACAACUGACGUACUUUGUUUUGCUGAUAAGCUUCUCAAACAUUCAAAACUAGUUAGCUAGUUUUAAAUGACGGCGAAAUGCGUUUCUUGUUUAACUGAAAAUGCGUAUUUCAAUCCGACGGCAAGUUUUGAAACUGAUCAUCGUCUUUUCGUCAGAGACGAAACCGGAAGUAAGUCACGGCACCCUCUUGCAUGGCGAAUCAUCCUUUCUCGAACAUGACAAAGUACCGAAGUUACGUUAGCUGGCUAAAAUGCUUGUAAAAAGCACCCUUAAGAUUAUUAGGUAGGGCAUUGCAUUUCUGUCGGCCUAAAGGAUGAAAAGUAUUCCGUCGUCGACCGAAUUCAAACACAGGCCCCAAAGUGCCUAUGAGAAUGUUCUUUUCAGCCCUCGAACCGCGCCCAAGUUAGAAAUGGACAUUAAAUGUUCAGAUAUCACAAAGCGUCAUGCGCCAUGCUUCUUCGUGAUUACAAAUUGUAUGCUCGUCUUGUGGACGUAACUGAUGUACUGAAUUGCGCGUGAAGGUGAUGAACGUAAUCCUCUUGCACGGUCCGCUGUGGUCCUGACCGGAAGUGCUAUUCGCUUGUUUACGUUCUUUGGCAUUAGAGCUAGCAAAACAAUGACUGACAGUUGACCGACUCAUUGCAAAAUAGAUGAAAAGUAAAUCAAUAAAAGUCUCUUGGAGACACUUUAGCUCUUAAGCUGUCGAACUGGAUCACCAUGGCGUCCCCGCUGGCGAUGCUUCUGUGGCCGGGGCUGCUGCUGCCCUUCGCGGAGGCGGCAGGAGCUGCUCCGCGGGUCGCCGUGGUGGAGGUCUACGCGGAGCAGCGGCUUAGUGGCGCUCUGCUCCGCGGGGAGGUGAUGACAGCCAGCCGGAGAGAGAACAGCGAGGCCCCCGGUGAGGACCCGGAGAACCUGGAGGGAGAACUCGUUCUGAUUCGCGACGCGGAGCCGCAGCUGAGCGGAGAUGCCCAGGAGGAAGGGGAGCUUUGGAUCGGCGUGAUGCCUGUGGAAGACCACCAAGGAUCCGCCGGGAAGCAACACGAGUCCUUCACCGAGGCGGUCGUCAGCAGGAUGAAGCGAGCGUUGGUGCUUGGCGCCUCGGCGCUCAUCAUCCUGGCUCUUAACCAAAAUACCGUCAGAGAAAUGGAUCUGUCUCAGGUUCUGUCCAAGCCUGUCAUUGUCAUCCAGACGUCAGAGAACGUCACCAGGCUCAUCGGAGCGCUGCUCAGGGGUCUCCAUGCGAGCGCUAAGAUUACCUUCAGCAACGUCCUACAUGACAACCUGGUGAGCGUCAGCCGUAGCCGACCUUGGCGGACAGUCAUUCGGAGAUUGUGUUUGCUUGUUGUGCGACAGGGCGCCACGCUGACGCUGUGGUCAAGCUGCGGGCGCUCCAGAGGGGGGCGCUAUGGAGAGUGGCAGGGCGUCAUCUGCACAGGGGAGACCAACUCGCAGGUGCAGAAGUACCUGCAGCGGCUGUGGGACACCAUCCUGUGGGUGGCGCUCAUCCUCAGCACGGGCGUCAUCCUGCAGGCUCGCCUGCAGGCUAACUCCGAGCGCCACCUCCACGGCAACAUGGAGUCUCUGGCUAAACAGGACGUCCUGAAGACCAUGUCCUCCCUGCGGACUAAAACGUACCGAAGGCCUAAAGUGCGGCGCGGCGAGACGGACAACUGCGCCGUCUGCCUGGAGCCCUUCAACCGCAAUCAAUGUCUUCGCGUGUUGCCGUGCCGACACGAGUACCACCGGGAUUGCGUGGAUCCCUGGCUGCUGCUGCGUUACACCUGCCCGUUGUGCAAGCGCAGCAUCUUGGGCGGCGUCCACAGAGACAAAUAGCGGUCACCGUGGCAACACUCCAUUUUUAUUUGUUUGGAGUGCCGCCUCAAUGGGAUCCCAAACGGUUUCAUGGGAAAUUUUCCUCCCCCCCUUUCAACCCGGACAACAUUUUGGACACUUUGUGCUUUUGUAUCCGCGACGGCGAAAACCUCAGCCGGCAAGUCGGGCACGGGUGGGUCGGCAACGACGAAGCCCUCGAGUGUGUUUUAGGCGUGAGCAAUGAGAAGCGGGCGCGACACCUGAUCCGACUUUUUAUUUUCAGCGUUUUCAUGUCCUGCGGUUACAAAGUGCCAAGGGAUCGGGCGCGUGUACAAAAGUUGUAGUUUGCCGAGGCGCAAAGCGGUGCGAAGCGUCCGCUACGUCCAGAUGUCAAGACUUUGCUUUUUUCAUUGCAAAAAUAAACCUUUCCGGACUGUUGCAGCACGUUGGUUUCCAAUCAAAUAAAUUAUUUGUCCAAACAAGAGAGCGGCAGUCAUGUUUUUU